AUGGUAGAGGGGAGAGGAGAGGAGGUUGUAGGCUGUCUUGAGGAGGUGGGUUUGCUCGGUGCAGAGAUUGGCGAUGAUGUUGGUGACAACAAGGAGAGAGGGAAGAAGCUUGACAAAGGAGAUGACAGAAGCAGAGGCGGGAGAGGGAGAUGGCAGGGUUGGAGGGUGCACGCAAGCUGGGCUCCCUCCACCCUCCACUACAAUGCGGCCACCGCCAACCACCUCAUCGCCGCCUACGCUCGACACCACCAAACUCCUCACGCACACCAACUGUUCGAUGAAAUACCCCAACCAAAUGUCAUCUCCUUCACCUCUCUGAUGACCUCCUACAAUGUAACCAAUCGACCCGACAUGGCUCUUCGCCUCUUCGGUCGCAUGCCGGCCCUCGGCGUGCGGCCAAACAGCUUCACUGUCGCCACCGCCAUCGCCGCUUGCUCACGAGUUGGUGAUGUGCACAGUGGUGUCAAUCUCCAUGCCCUUGUUGAGACUGGAGGGUUGAGAGAUGAUGUUGUUGUUUCCACUGCACUUGUUGGGUUUUAUGCGAAAGCCAAUUAUUUGGUUGAAGCCCGUAAAAUGUUUGAUGGAAUGGAGUGUGGGAAUGUGGUUUCGUGGGGUGCUAUGAUUUCGGGGUAUGCACAGAGUGGUGAUGGGCGGAGUGCGAUUCUUUUGUUUUCGGAGUUUUUGGGGCGGGAUUUGAGGGCAAAUCAUUUUAUGUUAUCAAGUGUGGUUAAUGCGUGUGCGAGUAUGGGGAGGUUGGGGUUGGGGAAGUCGAUACAUGGGAAGGUGGUUCGGUGUUGGCAUGAAGGGAAUGAGGUGAUCGAGGGAGCUUUGAUCGAUAUGUACACGAAAUGUGGGUGUUUUGAAUAUGCAAGGAAAGUGUUUGAUAGGAUUGUGAAUCCUUCGUUGGUAGUGUUCACGUCGAUUAUUGUGGCAGCUGCAAAGUACGGACUGGCGAAGCUCGCUCUCGAUCUCUUUGAUGAAAUGGUUGAGAAGGGAGUGAAGCCUAAUGAGGUCACUUUCUUGGGGGUCUUGCAUGCUUGUAGCCACGGAGGGCUCGUUGAUGUUGGACUGGGAUACUUGGAUUCCAUGAAUAGGCUUUAUGGUGUUGUGCCUGGAGCAAAGCACUACACGUGUGUGGUCGAUAUGCUUGGUCGAGCAGGAAGGCUUGAUCAAGCUUAUGAGAUGAGCAAAAAUAUAGAAGUUACGGGAGACGAUGAGUUGAUGUUGUGGAGCACAUUGCUGUCUGCAAGCAGAAUUCAUAGCAGGUUAGAUGUAGCUGCUGAGGCUGGGGAGAGGUUGAAAGAAUUUAAUACUGAUGUUGCCGGUGCUUACAUGGCGAUGAAGAAUGCGUAUGUGUCGGUUGGAGAGUGGGAGGGAGCAAUGCAGGUGAGAUCAGAGAUGAGGAGACGAGGGAUAAGGAAAGAGCCCGGGUGCAGUUGGGUGGAGAUAAAGGAUGUGCCUUAUGUGUUCCGUGCUGGGGACGUUGAGAAAUGCUCAAGAGGGAGCGAGGUCAUGGCCUUGUUGAGGGAUUUGGAAGUGAAAAUGGAGGGGAGGGGGUAUGUUACAGGGAGCACGAAAAGAUAUUUGAUCGAAGAGGGUAAGGAGUUGGAUGUUACGAUUGGUGUGCAUAGUGAGAUGUUGGCUAUUGGGUUUGGAUUGUGAGUUUUGGGGAGGGGGUUACAAUAAGGGUGAUGAAGAACUUGAGGAUGUGUGGUGAUUGCCAUGAGAAGUUCAAGGUGAUCAGUGACAUAGCUGGGAGGGAGAUUGUGGUGAGAGAUCUGAAUAGGUUCCAUCAGUUCAGAGGUGGAUCUUGCUUGUGUAGGGACUAUUGGUGAGAGUUGGCUUCAAGUUAGCACAGUGCACCACACAAGUCUGAAUUCACAUUAUCGGGCCGUCAAAAACUUAAAUUUACAGGAAUUAACCUCAAGGUGUGCAGAUGGGGAGAUUAGUAUUAGAGGAGUAUGGGAAGCACAUUUCAAUCUCUUCCCAUUUGAAGCAUCAGCAUGGAGUUUACCUGGUCAGGCUCAGUUUCGUAUCACAGAAGCGAUACAAAGAUUACCAAGAAAUUACCAAGAAAAUAAUAUAAAUUACAAAAGCAUGUAGGUUGUACCUAUGGAAGAAAUAGGAUUGGAUUCUGAACCUCAAGAUUUAAGCAUUCUCCAGUUGUCAUCAAACCAGCAAGACCAUCCAUCCGGCAAUGCAUGCCUGAGGGCCAAAGUGGACCGAGACUCCAAGCAGUGACAUGCCCACAAUAAGCAGGCCACAUAGACUAAUUACAGAGAGGUAAUUACAGAGGAUUUCAUCUCAUUUACCAAGAUAUUUAGAGGUACAGAGGUUGGAGACCAGAAGUUGGAAAGUAUGAGACCUUUGAGCAGGCUAAAGGCUGUCAAGUACUGCAUAUCACUGCCCAACGCAGACAUGAUUAGAGCUUCGUUUAACUACGAGGUGAAGCAAAUUCGGAUGGUGACAUCAGGAUCAGGGGACAACGGGAAGAACAUUCCAAACAUCCUCGCAAGAAU